CACGCCGUGACUCGGCUGGGGCGACGGCGGCGCCGGCCGGGAUGGAGUGAGGGGGCGAGCGGCGGAGAGAGUGCAGCCCACCGAGCUCUGGCCCCCUGCCCCCUUUCUCUCUCUCUCUGGCUAGGGCCUAUGCGGCCCCCCAGAGACCAUGGGAUCCAGGAUCAAACAAAAUCCGGAAACUACCUUUGAAGUGUAUGCAGAGGUAGCCUAUUCGGGAAUCAGUUGCGUUGGGAAAGAUCCUGAGGUGCGGAGGCAAUUCCCAGAGGGCUACAGUGACCAGGAAGUUCUGCAGACUUUGACCAAGUUUUGUUUCCCCUUCUAUGUGGACAGCCAUGCAGUUAACCAAGUUGGGCAGAACUUUACAUUUGUGCUUACAGACAUUGACAGCAAACAGAGGUUUGGAUUCUGUCGCCUAUCUUCUGGGGCCAAGAGCUGCUUCUGUAUCUUAAGUUACCUCCCAUGGUUUGAAGUCUUUUAUAAGCUGCUCAAUAUCUUGGCAGAUUAUUCAGCAAAAGGACAGGACAGUCAAAGGUGUGAGCUCCUAGAAACAUUUCAUAAACUUACCAUCCCUGAGCCAGGAACCUCUUUUCAUCUUGGACUGCACUCUUACUUUACUGUGCCUGACACCAGAGAGCUUCCUAGUAUACCUGAAAAUAGAAAUCUGACAGAGUACUUUGUAGCAGUUGAUGUCAACAACAUGCUGCAUCUCUAUGCCAGUAUGCUGUAUGAACGCCGCAUCCUCAUUUGUUGUAGUAAGCUGAGCACUUUAACUGCCUGCAUUCAUGGGUCUGCAGCUAUGCUCUACCCGAUGUUCUGGCAGCAUGUUUACAUUCCUGUUCUGCCCCCACAUCUAUUGGACUACUGUUGUGCCCCAAUGCCCUACCUCAUUGGAAUACAUUUAAGUUUGAUGGAGAAAGUAAGAAACAUGGCCCUGGAGGAUGUAGUGAUUCUUAAUGUAGACACCAACACACUGGAAACCCCUUUUGAUGACCUUCAGAGCCUCCCUAAUGAUGUGGUUUCUGCACUGAAGAAUAGAUUGAAGAAAGUCUCUACAACCACUGGAGAUGGUGUGGCAAGAGCAUUUCUAAAAGCACAAGCAUCUUUUUUUGGGAGCUACCGAAAUGCCCUAAAAAUUGAACCUGGUGAACCCAUCACGUUUUGUGAAGAAACAUUUGUGUCCCAUCGUUCUGCUGUCAUGAGGCAGUUCCUUCAGAAUGCCAUUCAGCUCCAGCUCUUUAAGCAGUUCAUUGAUGGUCGUCUGGAUCUUCUUAACUCUGGUGAGGGCUUCAGUGAUGUUUUUGAAGAAGAGAUUAAUAUGGGAGAAUAUGCAGGUAGUGACAAAUUGUACCACCAGUGGCUCUCUACAGUAAGGAAAGGAAGUGGAGCCAUUUUAAAUACAGUAAAGACCAAGGCUAACCCUGCCAUGAAGACUGUCUAUAAGUUUGCAAAAGAUCAUGCAAAAAUGGGAAUAAAAGAAGUGAAAAACCGCUUGAAGCAAAAGGACGUUGCUGAGAACGGGUGUUCUGCAGUGCCUGAGGAGUCUCUACCAAGGAUAGCACCUUCUCCAUUGGUUGAAAAGAAGGACCCUAAAUUAAGAGAAGACAGAAGACCAAUCACAGUACAUUUUGGUCAGCAGCAAAGACUCCGCCCGCCGCGUCCACCGCCUCCAAAGAUACAACGUUCUAGGCCCGUUCGCCCACCAAGACCUCAUGUCGUGAAGAGACCCAAGAGCAACACUGCUGUGGAAGGACGAAGAACUUCAGUGUCUAGUCCCGAACACCUUGUAAAGCCUAUGCGACACUAUACAGUCUUCCUCUCUGAGGACUCUUCUGAUGAUGAAUUUCAGCAGGAAGAGGAUCCUGUCUCUGGCUUCUCUGAAAACUUUUUCUUCUCUGCUCCUUUUGAAUGGCCUCAGCCCUACCGGGCCUUGAAAGAGUCUGAUAGUGCUGAUGGGGAAGAGACAGCCAGUCCAGAGAAGUCCAAAGAGCCUCUGCCUCCAAGCCCUCUGCUCUCAAACAAGGACACAGAAGUCAACCUCCUUGAAGACAUUUUUCCAAACUUAGAAGUAGGAGCACAGCCUCAACCUCUCAGCCAGGCUAAGAGCCUAGAAGACCUGCGGACUCCCAAAGAAGAGGGAGAUCAGCGAUGCACGUUUGACUACCAGAGAAUGGAUCUUGGCGUGUCUGAGAGGAACAAGAUUGUGCCAACUAUGAAGCUGUCUCACCCUUACUACAAGCUGUGGAGCAUGGGUCAUGAUGACAUGGCUAUUCCUACCAAGUAUUCCCAAAGCUCACCAGAAAGGCCCUUGACUGCCCUUGGCAGCAUGUCACCAAUCACAAGGAGACCCCGGAGCAAAGACAGCAUUCUGGCUCCUGCAGAAAAGGAUGAAUCAAAUCCUGUCAUUCAAGGGAACAUCACCAUUCCUAGGCCACAGGGAAGAAAGACUCCUGAACUGGGGAUAGUGCCGCCACCACCAGCACCCAGGGCUUCUAAGCAUCAGACUCCAGCUGGGCCAACAGAAAUUCUCACUACCCAUGCUACAGGACGGAGCCAUUUGGUUUCAGAUCUUAUUCCAGAGCCCUUUGGAGCUGGUAGUGUGUCCUUAGACCCUGAAAUCCCACAGUCCAUAAAUUAUUCUCCUCAUCCAUCUCAGCUUUUGUCCAGUGCUACCAGCACAGCUGAGAUGCUCCAGCCUGUCAAAGUGAAGACAGAUAAUGCAGGUAAUGAAAGCGACUACCUUCUGAGCUUGCUGGAUCCACUGAAAACAGCCAGCUGGCAAAGCAGUGGUCUGCAGCAAGGGCCCCCCAGCCUGCAGAGCUCAGCCACUCCACCUUCUGCAGCUGGCUUUAUCUCGGUGGCAACUGACUUUGUAUCUCCUCCAGCUGCACCGUUUGUCCAGCCUCUUGGUUAUCCUUCCCCAGCACCUCCACCUUUUUUACAACCAUCUCCUAAUCCAUUUACACAAACAAUACCAGGAGCCCUGUCAGUGUCUCUAGUUAGACCCCCAAGGGGCAAUUUCACCCCCUCUUUAGGUCAUGCCUAUAGUUCUAGCUUCAUAACACCUAGUUCUAACUUCUACCCACCACAAAGACCUCAAACAAACAUUUCAACACUAUCCAUGCCAAACUUGUUUAGCCAGGUUCCAGCUGUGCCACCUGCUGGCUCCUUACUGCUGCAGAGCCACAGCCCUUCUCCAGCAAGCUCUUUACAGUCAGCAGCUUUAAGUGGGCCUUCCAAACCCAGAACAUUACAGGUGGGCCAGUCCAACUCAAAAAUGGAUCCCAAACAAGCAGUAGCUCUCCUGUCCAGUGACCCCCCUUUGAUCCCUGCCAGGCCAGCUAAGGGCAUAGAGCCAGUGUUACUGUCCUCAAAAUCUGAGGAAACAAAAGAUCCAUUUGAAGAUUUGUUGAAAAAGACAAAGCAGGAUGUGUCAUCCACACCAGGUAAGGUCGAACAGCUCAGAAAGCGAUGGGAAACCUUUGAGUAACACUCCCAAAGGCCUUUUGAUGUCACUUUGGAAUUGACAGAGAAAGGGUUUUGUUUUUUUCAACCAGCAUAAACCAAGCAUUUCUUACUGGAAGGCUGAGCCAGGAGAGGUGCAGGACCGUUGCCAUGCUGGAAUUCACACACAACUGCUUUUUGCCCAGAGUUCAGAGUCCUCUGUUUUCAUGGUCCCUGCAACUGCUCUGCCACUGAAAGCCCCUGGGACUCCUGCACUUAUCAAAACGUGAGGGUGGUUAGGUUGGGUUGGGUUUUCCACACUGCUUUUCAGACAGUGUUACUGACACAGAAGUUACUCCUUCCACUUUCAGUCCUUAGCACAGCUGGGAGCACAGCACAUUGCACUGCUGGUCCUUCCUGCCUGUGUGCAGAGUGUGCAGCUUGUCUUGCUCUGCUUUUGUAGCUCAAAGGCAGCAAGCAAACCCAGCCUCCUGGGCUGUACCCAGUUCAUCUUAGGCUCUGAGGUUGUCCUGCCUUGAAAUACAGACCCUGAGGUCAGACUAUUAGCUGAGCUGCUGUUGCAUAUUUCUGAUUUUGCUCCCCCAGCACGGUGGCAGAGGUGCCACAGGGACCUCUCUGGGGCAGAAUUGUCUUAAUUUCUCAUUGCAACAAAUCCAUAGUGCAGAGCAGUGGCUCAGGGUUUAGUCCUGCAUCUCCGUUGGGAAACUGGAAAACACCAGCAAUUGCUUUUUUGUUUGUUUGUUUGUUUUGGGGUUUUUGUUUAUUUGAUUGGUUUUGUUACAUCAAAAAAUAGAGGCCAUCAAGAGUAUCCUAGAUCUUAUAUAGAUGUAUGUUAGUAUUAUAUAUAACUAUUAUAAAUGACAGUAUGGAAUAUAACAACAUCUGACUUGAUUAUUACAAACAAAGGAAAAAGAUAAAAGAACUGGGCUAUGAAAAUUCACAGCUGAAGUGAAGUUCCAGUUGAGCUGGGCGAGUUCUGGGAGGGCAGCAUGUCUGUCACUGACGGACUUCAGGACUGCUCAUUGCUGUCUGGAACCAACCUGGGUUUUCUCCUGGUCUGUAAAGCUCUUGGCUCCUUCAGCCUCUCUGAUGAACUGCAGUCUUCAUCCUGCUGUUGACUGGACAUUAACUGGACCUUGAAAUGGACCUGUGAGGUCAUGGAGUACAAAACCACAAUGCAAAGGCUGAAGGGUACGUUCACUUGGAUUUUCUGAGACACUUCUUCUGUGGCAAUAGUCUUCUUAAGAAAUUGCAUCUCUUCUAGAACCUGCUGUCCUUGCAGUGAUCAGUUUUGGUUUAUUUCAGUGAUGCUUUUUGGUUUUGUUUUGUAUUUGGGCACAGUCUGUUGGUAAACAUGUUACUCUAGCAGAGAAAAUCACAUCACCACUAAGCCUUUGAUAAAGGAAAUAAUUUUGGACACGUGGGGAAAUUCUUGUAAAGCUUUAUCUGAUUUCCAAUGUAUCUAUUUUAUUCAUAUAAUCUUGGAAGAUUUCUUACUCUAGUAUAUGGAAAUGGCUGUCAAUGCGUUUGAGUCCGUGCAAUACAAAAGCAAAACACUCUUGGUAUCUGCAAUGCCAACAGUUUGGGAAAGCCCUCAGUACUACAUUGCUGUGAAAUACUGUCACUCUGGCAGGCCAUUCAGUUGGGUUUGUAUUUUCUUUUUGUGUUGGAAGACAGAUGGUUUUAGUAUUGCAUAGUAAAAUAUCUGAAGUCUAA